CCGCUACGCAGGUCAUCCCAUGUGAGGAAAGCAAGCGAAGCGCAAUUGGAAAGCAAGAACUCCAAGGUCAAGGGACACCAGUGCGACGUGUGCGGAAAGGUACUCGGCUACAAGAGCGCCAUGAGGCGGCACCUGCUCACUCACACGGGCGAGAGGCCCCACUCGUGCCAGGUCUGCGACCGCAAGUUCGCCCGCAAGGAGAACCUCGAGCGACACGCUCGCAUGCACACAGGCGAGAAGCCCUGGAGCUGUCACGUGUGCGGCGACACCUUCACCCGCAAGGGGAUCCUGACCAUCCACGCCCGGCGACACACGGGCGAGAGGCCCUACGCCUGCGCCCUGUGCCCGGCCGCGUUCGCAAGCAGGUACACGCUGACGGUCCACACGGCGACGCACAAGCGCAAGGCGCCGUACGAGUGCCUCAUGUGUGGCAUGAAGUUCAGCGUGAGAGCCAAGUUCCUGGGCCACGAGCGAAAUCACGCGGCCGAGAGGCCCCACAAGUGCCACCUGUGCCCGGCCGCCUUCAUCGAGAAGUGUCGGCUGCGAAGUCACCUCGUCACCCACGCGAGCGAUAAGCCUCACCAGUGCGACGUAUGUCAGAGAGGGUUCAAGCGGCGCAGUACGCUUAUGAAUCAUUUGCGCCGUGUUCACGACGGUAAGAAGCCCGGAAGGCCAGACUCGUGUAGCUUGGCGCCGCACACGGAACGGCAGAUUUCUGGGGGGCUCGCCCCCGCCCACCAAAAGCCCGACGCCGACAACGCCGCCCGAAGAGAGGGGGCAAUGGACUCGGACAGCAGCAGCAGCAGUAGUAGCGGCAGCAGCAGUAGACACAGCAGCGGAGCAUCGGAGAACGAUCGUGCUGGACCUUCAAGAGACUCGCCCACACCUGUCGGCGGUAAAAGGUCAUCCCGAGGGACGAAAGCCGGCGGAGCGCAGUCGGAGAGCGGCAACUCCAAGGCCAAGGGACACCAGUGCGGUGUGUGCGGGAAGGUACUCGGCACCAAGAGAGCAAUGCGGAGGCACCUGCACACCCACUCGGGCGAGAGGCCCCACUCGUGCCAGGUCUGCGGCCGCAAGUUCGCCCGCAAGGAGAACCUCGAGCGACACGCGCGCAUGCACACGGGGGAGAAACCCUGGCGCUGUCACGUGUGCGGCGACACCUUCACCCGCAAGGGGAUCCUGACCAUCCACGCCCGGCGACACACGGGCGAGAGGCCCUACGCCUGCGCCCUGUGCCCGGCCGCGUUCGCCAGCCGGUACACGCUGACGGUCCACACGGCGACGCACAAGCGCAAGGCUCCGUACGAGUGCCUCAUGUGCGGCAUGAAGUUCAGCGUGAGGGCCAAGUUCCUGGGCCACGAGCGCAAUCACGCGGCCGAGAGGCCCCACAAGUGCCACCUGUGCCCGGCCGACUUCAUCGAGAAGUACCAGCUGCGGAGUCACCUCGUCACCCACGCCAGCGAUAAGCCUCACCAGUGCGACGUAUGUCAGAGAGGGUUCAAGCGGCGCAGUACGCUCAUGAAUCAUUUGCGCCUAGUCCACGACGUCAAGAAGCCUUGACUCAAAGUCCGAGACCUCAGGCAUGCCUUCCCCAUUUGUGAGGCCGUGCGAUUGACAAACUGCGUGUGUCCUUUUAAAGGCAUUUGGCCAAGAAAAUAUUUGCCAUACGACACUGACCUUGUUGCGAACUAAAAGAAGUGUGCUAACAAUAAACGUUUGUGUAAAAAAUUGAUGACCCUGCUCGACUUGUGCGAGAGAUGCCGUGAUCGUGAGGAAGGCGCAUGACAUCGACCGGAAAUGGAGAAGCGAAAUAACAGAUGUUUGUGCAUGCAUACUUUAAAGAAAGACAUUGACAUACGCGGUGUUCCUUUUUUUGAUGUGUGGUAUAUUUGCGUACCCCAUGAAACACGAAGGAUAUCAGCUUCCGCCGCACGGUGUUGUCCUUUCGUAGCUGCAUAAUCCGGAACAAGUCUGUGAUGUAGAUUUCAUAGGCAUACGGAAUAACAUAAUAAAAAGGCGUUAGGUA